AUGUCAUCCACGAUUGACCGGUCGCGCAGGUUCACCCGCGAGCUGCAUGCUCGUCUCGUUCACCGGUACCCUGCUGUCUUUGCCGACCUUGACGCAAACACCGAGUCGAGUCCCCAGCACAACAACUACGGAGCGACGAACGGUGCACCGCCUUCUACCGACGGCCUGCAGAAAUUGGGAGCGGAUGCAUCGAAGAUUGAGCCCAAGGUCUGGCUCGCCUCGGAACGAACGCUCCUCUCCUGGUUCCGCGUUUCGCUGCUCAUCUCCUCCUUCGCCCUCGCCCUCUUCAACUCUGCCGGCGAGCGCGACUGGGCGUCGAAGACGAUGGGGGUAUGCUAUGCGGUGAUUGCGUGCGGGAUGCUCGGGUACGCGUGGACGAUGCACAGGAUCAGGAGGUACAGGAUCGUGAUGCGGUAUCCGGGUCAACACGACGAGCCCUACGGCCCCGUCGUCGUGUGCGGCCUGAUCUUCGUCGCUGUCCUCGUCAACUUCGUCCUCCGCGUCAAGAACCGCGAAACCUUGCGGGACACGCCUUCGCCGAAAAACCCCUGGGUUACGACGGUCGAGCUUGUUCGGGUCGCCCUCAACAUGCAGCAGCCUUCCUCGCCGUAG